CAAAAUUGCAGUUGCAAUCUUCGCUAAGUGAAUUCCAGCAUCCUCUAAGCUAAAUCCAACAUGAAACUCUUUAUACUUCUGUUGAGCUUGACUUUGGUCUUUGCCGAUGAGCACGAGCAUCAUCAUCAUGGUCAUGACCAUGGUUCGGGCUAUGUGGUGAAGACGCAUGAGGAUCUGGUCAAGUUCCGCCAUAUGUGCGCCGAACAGGUGCAUGCCAGCGAAGAGGAUGUGGCCAAGUUUGUCAAGUGGGACUUCGUCGAUGACGAGAAGAGUCGUUGCUACCUGAAGUGCGUAUUCGAGCAGUUUGGCUUUUUCGAUGCCACACACGGCUUCGAUGUGCACAAGAUCCAUGAGCAGCUUGCCGGCGGCUCCCACGUCGACCAUUCGGACGCAGUGCACCAGAAGAUCGCCGACUGUGCGGACAACAAUGCUCAAGGCAGCGAUGCCUGCACCUGGGCCUAUCGCGGCGGCAUGUGCUUCAUGCGCUCCAAUCUGCAGCUGGUACAGCAAAGCGUCAAGGCCUAAGUCUCCUAAGCACACCCAUAUACGCCAACGAAUUUGAAUUUGAUUUGCUAAAAUAAAUUUUCGUUUUUUGUUA